AUGCUCAGGAGCAGGAAAUGGUGCGUGACACGGAACUUACUUUAUAGCAAAGCUAACGUCUUCGUCACAGGCGAAUAUCCUCAGCAGCCGCAGACUCAACAAGUUCCAAGCCAUUAUGGGGCGCCGCAGUUCCAACCAGAGGAUAUCCUAACAAACCACUACGAUAACAUGCCUGUACAGCCCUCCAACAUGCCGACCAACCACUCCAACAUCCUAACCAGCUACGACGACAACGUGUUUGAAUGGCCUUCCGGCAUGGCCAACCCCUCCGACAUGCUAACCAGCUACGACGACGACGUGUGUGAAUGGUCUUCCGGCAUGGCCAACCCGUCCAACAUUCCCCUCCGACAAACUGACCAGCCUCUCAUGGUAUCCACGCUACAAACCUCACGCCGUCGCUGAUAAAUGCUGGCUGCCCAGCGGCGCAGAAGAUAGCAUAGCCCAAAGAAAUACUUUUUCGAUCUGGGGAUUGUUGGUAUUGGGUUAUGUAGACGCUGUCCUUCGUGAUUCGAAUAG